AAGUAUGGAGGUCCGGCUCGCAUUGGCAGCCGAGGGAGCUCCAAGUCGGCGACCGACCUAAGCCACCUCGCGGUCCUCGCGGGCGCUGCGCAACGUGGCCACUUGUCGACGAAGCAGCCCGCGAGGGUGGCACUUACCCGUGGCUGCAUCAGCCAGAGCGACAGCGGUACCCCGGUCGACUAGGUUAUAUACGGCAGCACCGGGGCGAUGCUCUCUCCGCCUCACGCCGGCUGCUACGCAGUGGCGCUAGCUGCCGUCGCCUUGUCGCGUCCCCGUCCGCUCUACUCCUCCCUUUUCCAACACCGCUCUCUCGCUUUCUCUUCCCGUGCUUCCCUCCGUUUCAAUCUCUCGUCCGGAAUGGAGCACUUCUCUACAAAAGGCUCGAUGGAUAAAAACGAAGGAUUGGUGGAGCAAUUAAAGCACUAUGGUAUGAUCAAGUCAGAUAAAGUUGCUGAAGUAUUGCAGAUUGUCGAUAGAGGCCUAUUUGUACCUGAAGGAAGUCCAGCUUAUGUUGACAGCCCUAUGCCAAUAGGAUAUAAUGCAACCAUAUCUGCACCUCACAUGCAUGCAACUUGUCUCGAACUACUGGAAGAACAUCUACAACCUGGAAUGCGUGCGUUGGAUGUUGGCUCAGGGACUGGAUAUUUGACAGCUUGUUUUGCAAUGAUGGUCGGGCCGCAAGGCCGCACUGUGGGAGUUGAACACAUUCCUGAACUGGUUGCUUCUUCCAUCAACAGCAUCAAGAGAAGUGCCGCAUCAUCUUUAUUGAAUGAAGGUUCCCUCUCUGUGCAUGCUGCUGAUGGAAGGAAAGGAUGGCCUGAACUGGCACCCUACGACGCCAUCCACGUUGGCGCUGCGUCCCCCGACAUCCCUCGAGCACUGCUGGAGCAGCUGAAGCCUGGCGGCAGGAUGGUGAUCCCCGUUGGCAACUUCUUCCAGAAUCUUAAGGUGGUCGACAAGAAUGACGACGGCUCCGUCCACGUCUACAGUGAGGCUUCCGUGCGCUUCGUCCCCCUGACGAGCCGUGCAGCACAGCUUCAAGACUACUAAUAGCAGUGUGGGACUUCAACUAUAGAUGUACCAGGUGGAACGACUUAGUAUGAUGCCAUUACAACCCCUAAAAAGUGAUGUUUGUGUUUC